AUGAAACAAGAAGUAAUAAACAAUUCUACUACAUCUUUAACCAUUAUACCAACAACAUUACAAAUUUCAGAGAAAGUUAGGAAGUAUAAUUGUUUUUGGAAAUAAGAAGUUAUUCUUAGUGAUUGUGAAGAAUAUUGUACUUAAAUGGAUUCUGAUGAUGAAAGAGAAUACAUUUCUUAAAUAAAUCUGGAAAGAACAUUCAAAAUUAUUGAAGCUGUUAUACCAAAAUCUUUUGAUAUUUUGUCAUAUUCAUAAUAUCCUGCAAAGAAAAUACACUAAUUCUAAACACCUUAAAACAUAUACGAUAAUUUCUUUCCUAAUUCUCUGAUUAUCACUUUAACAGAUUUAGUUAAUCAAUAUUUACUUGAAAUUCUAGAAGAAGAUUUGAAAUAACAACCUUCUAAAAUUCAAUCUCAUUACAAUAAAAAAAAAUAUAAAGAAACAGAAAUACAACUUUAUUUUGGAUUACAAAUAUUAUUUGGAAUUUUUAGAUUUCCUUAUAUUGAUGAUUAUUGGAAUGCAGAACCUUGGCUUAGAUGUGGAAUAGAAUAUAUGAUGCCAAUAGGUAGAUUUAAAUUUUUGGACACUCAUUUAUUUAUGUAUCUAAAUGAAAAAUCUAAAUCUAAAUUGCAAAAUGAAUUACAAUAAUUCUAAAAAACAGUUAAAUCUAUUUGUUAACCAGAAUAAGAAUUGAUUCUUAUUGAGUAAAUAUACAAGGCAUAUACUACUUACUAUCUCUUAGAUUUUUAGAGAUUAUUCAUUAUAGAUUUGAUUGUGGUUUCUCAUAGGAUUUAAUUAUAGGAUAAGAUUAAUCGACUUAUGAGGAUGCUUUUUAAAUAUUCAAAUCACAAUCAUAUAUUAUAUGUUAUGUUUGAAUUGAAUUUGGAAAGAAUCAUACAAUUAACUGAUUAAGAUAUCUACCCUAUUAUUACUUAUGAAAAAACAUUACAUUAAACCAUUUAAAAUUUAUUGCCUGGUGAAUAUUAAAUAGAAUAAUUAUAUUUAAUAAAAAAUAAAUCAUAAGUACAUUUAUUCCCUUAAAAAUAAUCAAUCUCUAAUAAAAGUAUUCUUUAAGUUUACAAAGAUAUUUAAUAACAAUACUAUGAAAAUUCAAUAAUGAAUUUAUUACAAUAUAGAAGCAAUUUUUAUCUAUGUUCUUAAUUAAAUAAUAUAGAAGGAUUCAAUUAAUUGAGAAUAGAAUUUGAAGAAUAUUUUGAAGUUAUGAUCUAUAACACAUCCUUAUUGAUUGAAGACAUGCUAUAAUCAAAUUUUAGAAUUAGUUUAGCUAAAAUCUUUACUCUUGAAAAAGCACAAUAAAUAGAAACUAAUUUACAGAAAGCCAAAAAAAGAAUGAAUUCUACAUUUAAAGAAAGUGCAACUAAUACACAAUCAUUAGAAUUUGGUCUUAAUAAAUAAUAUAGUGAUUUAUAUCAUACACCAAUACCUUAAAAAUAAGAAGAAUCAUUUAAAUAUUGUGUUGUAUGUAUGAAAUUCAACUAAUUAACAAAACCUUUUUAUAGAUGUAGAUUAUGUGAAAAACUAUUUAAUGAAAAUAAAAUAUUUAUAUGUGCAUUUCCAUGCUUUGAAUUAUUUCAUCGUAAUCCUAGCGAUUUUAUUGAAUGUGAUAUUAAAAUAUAAGAAUAAUUAAGUGAUGGUGUAUAUUUUAAAAAAGACACAAAUACUUAAAUACAGAAUCAUAAUCAAGAUGAUGAAUUUAAUUUAAAAAGAAAAAAAUAAGAUAAAUAAAAUUAAAGAAAUUAUUCAUCCUACAAUAAGGAAAUUUAUAAAUAAUCUAAUUUAGAGGAUUUCUCAACUUAUGAAGAAUUAUCAAAGAAAUAUCAAUCUGUUAUUCCUUCUCCUAAUUUGCUUCAACCUAUAAUAACAAAAGAUUAAUAUAUAUAAUAAUAACCUAUUCUUGGACACAGAAAUGAUUUGAAUGAAAUUGAAAAUAGAUUAGAUGAGUAAAAAAAGAAAUUCAAAAUAUAAUUAAUUAAACAUCUAAAUCAAUAGGGUUAAUCCAACUUAUAAAUUACAGAUAAGUAAACACUACUUGAUAUAGAUGAAUCAAAGAAAAACAAAAAACUUCAAAAACUAAAAGAGAAAAAUAAAUUAUUAGAGUUAUAAAUGAAGACAAUUAGUCCAUUAGAAAAAUUUAUGGAAACUCUUAAUAAGCAACCAAAAUUAGAAGAUUAAGAAUAAUGA